UCUAACUUGACUAGGGUCGCCGGAUCUGUACUGUUUGUGGUGCCCAUAUUCGGUUUUCUGUGGAUAUAAUUUUAAACGUUUGAUUCGGGAAAUGCUGAAGUGACUAUGGCCAGCAAUUCCCCACGAAAGCCAGUGAAAGGAAAGAGGGCGUUGCCGUCUGUACCCCCUCCAGAAAGCCCUCGUCUGAGGUCGGUCACAUUUAACGAUGAGAUCAUCGAAACUUCAAUUGGGGGCACUCAGACUGUUGGUAAGAUCAAACAAGACGUUCUCCUCCAUUUUGACGCUCCAGUCACUAUCGGAAACUUACCAGCAAAACUAGCAGACAAAAAUAGUGCCCAGAAACCUGCGCAAUCCUCUGCCAGUGUUAAAGUUGUGCCGAGCUCAGCCGUUGUGGGAAAAGAAAACAAGGGACUUGCUGAGGUCACAGCCACAGCCAAUGAACGACUGUCCACGGAGGAUGCAGCUGCCAAGGUCCCCGCCAACAGCAACAACAAGAACAGUAACACCUCAGCCACGGGGAAGGGAAAAGGUAGCCCAAGAAAGGCUGUGAGGAAUUCUGGUCCAGCCUCCAAUACUUCUUCGCCGUUGGGCGCCAGUGGCGCGAGAAACUCUCUCAACAAUGGCAACAACACCAGGUCCAAGCCAGGGAAAAACUUGUCGUCUUCCUCGGCCGAGUCUGACUCUGGUGUCAGCUCAGGCAGCGAGACUCACAAGAGUGGCGUGCGUCUGUCUCAGCCUGCAACAGACAACGCUGCGAGUACCGGUGGGAAGCCUGUGCCUUCAAGCUCGGCACAUUCACAAGCUGACAAAGGGCCCACGCCAAAGCCUGCUUCCCACAAGGUGAGCUUUGACCUUGAGAAGCCAGCACCCAUCCCAGCUGCUGUGGAGGAGGAGCGUCGCAGCACGCUAGAGUGCAUAGACACGGUCUCCCAGAGUCCCUUCAGGACUCCCACCAGUAAACAGUCUCGCAGACACACCCUGGAGAGUCGGAUAUUUGCCACGCCUGAUUGCUACCAUGAUGUCAGCUUUGGCACGCCUCGUCGGAUGCUGCCGAUGAUUCAGGAUGAGUCGAUGGAUGCAGCCGAGGACGGUGAGGAUAGCUGCAGCAUCAUGGUAGCCGUCAGAGUUCGGCCAUUCAGCCAGAGAGAACUGUCCGACUCCAACACUCGCUGCGUGGUGUCCAUGUUGAACAACGAGACAACUGUCCGCUCCGACAACGGCUCUGUCCACCAGUUUGCUUACGACUUCUCCUUCUGGUCACAUGACCAGGGGUCGGGGGACUUCUGCGACCAGGCCCUGGUGUACAGCCGCCUGGCCCAGCCCCUGCUGGGGAAAGCCUUUGAGGGCUACAACACCUGCCUGUUUGCUUACGGCCAGACGGGCAGCGGGAAGAGCUACUGCAUCAUGGGUCACGGAGCGGAGACGGGGAUCAUUCCCAGGUUUUGCGAGGAGCUGUUUGCACGGGCGGACACCUUGGCCAGCAAAAACAAGGUAAAGGUGAAUGUGGAGAUCAGUUUCUUUGAGAUCUACAAUGAGAAGAUCCAUGACCUGCUGGCUGGGAGCAAGGAGAAGGGGGCCAAGAAAGCCACGCUCAAGGUCCGGGAACACCCGGUGCUGGGCCCGUACGUGGAGGGCCUGUCUACCUACGUGGUCAACUCCUUCGUCGACGUGGAGACGGAGAGCAUCGAGGGCCAGGAGCACGACCACAGCGUCAACAGCAAGAUCAACCUGGUCGACCUGGCAGGCAGCGAGCGGCAGUCCCUGGCGAACACCUCGGGGGAGAGGCUACGGGAGGGAGCUAACAUCAACAAGUCGCUGUUGACCUUGGGCAAGGUCAUCUCCCUGCUGUCGGAGAGAUCGGUGACCAAGAAGCGGAAAAUCUUCAUCCCCUACAGGGACUCGGUGCUCACAUGGCUACUAAAAGAGUCACUGGGCGGUAACUCUAAGACGGCCAUGAUCGCCACCGUGUCCCCGGCCAGCCAACACGUAGAGGAGACACUCAGCACACUACGCUACGCACAGCAGGCGCGCUCCAUCGUCAACGUGGUGCGCAUCAAUGAGGACCCCAAGGCCAAGAUCAUCCGCCAACUGCGAGCGGAGAUAGAGCGUCUUCGCGCGGAGCAGGGCGGUGUGAUGACGGACGAGGCCCUGGCGUCCAGCGUGGCAGAGAUUGGACGUCUGAGGCAGGAGAUGGAGGAAAUGAGUCGGUCCUGGCAGGAGAGAUUGAGGCAGGCGGAGGAGAGGAAGGCAGAGGAGUUACAGUUGUUGGAGCGUGCCGGGAUCACCUUCAAGGUGGACAACCGACUGCCCAACCUGGUGAACCUGAACGAGGACCCGCAGCUGUCGGAGAUGCUGCUCUAUGUCAUCAAGGACGGCGAGACGCGCGUGGGCAGGAGGAUAGACGCCGCUCGGCACGAUAUACAGCUCACGGGGGCGCUCAUUGCUGACAACCAUUGACGGCCCUAGAUGAGCCAAGCUUCGCCAAGUCCCGUAUCCUGGAGCUCCUGGAGGCAGAGAAGAAACAAGUGGCCCAGCGUCUGGAGAAACUGCGAGCCAAACGCUCCGAGAUGUCCACCCCGGCACAGCUGACCGCGCUACACGAGGGACCCGCCAACAUGGCCGCCGGCAGCCCGUCCUCGCGCCGUGACCUCUACAAGGUCGCGCUCUUGCUGAGGGAGGCCAACAAGAUCAACCAGUAUCUGGCCACCAAUUUGGUGUUCAGCCGAGAAGACGUGUCUGACGAGGAGUGUGGCGGCACGUGUCGCACACAGAUCCGCGUGGUGAACACACGACACGGCAUGUUCACGCUGUGGCCCGUC